CAGUAAGUUUUAUUGUCUUCUAUUCUUUCCCUGAUCAUCUGGAUAUUUUUAACAGAAAAUAAAGCCAGGCAGAGAGACAGGAUGGGCUGUACACCUUCCCACAGUGAGAUUGCUAACCAUGUUGCAAAAACUGGAACUAAUCCUUUGAAUAAACCCAAAGGUAUCCUGCCUGUCGAUCCUGGAGACGAAGCAUUUUCAAUUCCAUUGCUGGUCAAAGGCUCCUCUUGUUAUGAUAUUGACAAGUUCUGUCAGAGAGGGUCUCUGGGGAAAGAUCACCAGCUGGAAAGGGAGGAGAAAACAUCAGAGCUGAUCAAAAAUGUUAACUUCCAUUUGUCAUCUGAGGAUCUCUCUCUUUCCGAGAUUCAUGAGGAAGAGAAGAAAAUUGAGAGGACAGCCACAGAGGCUGAAAUAGCCAUGUCUGAACUGAUUGAGUCUCAAAAACAUCUAGCAGAAGACAUACAGAUCAAAAAGCAAAGCUCCUGCGAAUCAGAGGCAACAACUUUCACUUGGGACAACAAGAAUGAAAGCAAUACAAAGCAAACCCCAAAGAAAGGGAAGAAGCAAAAGAGCCAUAAACCAGCAAAACAAGGUCGUCUUUGCAAACCCAAAGAAAAAUCCACUCCACCUAUAUGCAAGACUGAGAAAAAGGUGGAUUUCCCAGAUCAGCUUGUUAAGGCUCAUCAAAAUGCUUAUGCCUACCUAAAUCCCAACCUCUCCAAAUACGAAGCUAUCCUAUGUAUGGCCCAUCAGGCUACACAAACUCAGCUGCUUUUACAGCAGAUGGUGAGCUUUCUAGUGUUCCGCUUUGAUGAAAUCAACCAGCUCUUGGAAGAAAUUGCCAAUGAUGGGGAAGAGCUCCUCAAAGAGGUGGGAGGAAAUCUGGCUUGGCCAGCUGGAAAAGGGGAUCCAAAAGAGCAGCCAGAUCUGUUGCAGCAGUUAUUGCAGUAUACAGUCAACAAAAUGCAGCUGCUAAACGGAACAGUGGCUUCCCUGACCUCCAGUGCCCUGCAGGAGACAUGGAGCUACUUACAGUCUGCAGCCAGCAACUUGGAAGAAAAACUUAAAGCAAAACAAGGCUUUGAUGAACGCCUGCUAAGGGCAAUAAAAUUGCUCGAAGCCUCUGCAGUGGUCUCCUCUCAGGCCCAGGCUGAUGAUAGGGCUCUGUAUUCAGAAGACAGUGGUAUUGGUGCAGACAAUGAAUCUAUCAAAGAGUUCAAUUCCCUAGAUAAACUUGGAAGGCAAACAAGCUGCGAUUCUUGUGCACAUGAUCAUCCAUCUCAGAAACACAACAGAAUACCAGGAGAACAUCUGUGUAAUGGCACAUUGUCUGUUACAACUAGAUCCCAUGACUGUGCACUUGAAAGGCAUUUUAAGGAUAUAUUUUACCCAUCUGUACACAGCAAAGGAACAACUUCUUCCCUUGGGGCAACACCAGAAAAUGUUUCCACCAGGAUCCAAUGUUCAAACGUGAUCAAAAGUCCCUCUUUUAAUUCCCUCCAGUCUGAUGCCGCCCAGGAUGGUAAAGAUUUCAAAGACUGCGAAUCAAUAGAUUCUCCUUCUGCAAAUGAAGAGGAAGAGAGUACCCUGGAGGAGGAUGACAAUGAUAAUAUAAGUCUAUCAGAAAUGGGGAAGAAUGCCCUGCCCAGAAGGCCAAUGUCUUCACCUGCAGUAACAGAUAAAACAAGGAGGCCAUCCAUCAAAAGAAUAGAAAAUCCAGAGAAUGAAGAGAUGAUACUGAAGAUGAAAGAUGCGAUCAGUGAAAAAAUCAAGUUUGUCCCAGCUAAAUGCGGACGAAAGGAGUGGACAGAAGAUGAAGGUGGAAAAGCAGCCCUAACAGCAAGACCCAGUACAGCAAGUGGUAGCCAGAAAACCUUAGUUAAACAAAGAAGGUCCAGGUCAGAGGAAUCCCUCAGGAGCCGUGCAGAAGACCCAACCCUUUUAGAACUUCAAAGGACCCAAAAAGAUCUCAACAAAAGAUUAGAAACAUUUUAUAUGCUUAACGGGAACAAAGAAACAGAUGGCAAGCAGGAGAUCCUGAAGCCAAGAGCAGCAGCUUACUUGCAGGACACUGAACAUGUUACACCCAGAUCUUCUACCAACAAACUGAAGGCAUCCCUCUCUAAAAACUUCAGCAUAUUGCCUAAUCAGGAUAAGGUCCCUUUACAUAAAUCCGAGCAAAACACUGUCAGUCAUCCAGAUGAGAGAAGGGGAAGGAAGCCUAUAAAAGCCACCGCAUCCACACAGGAUUUAUCAUACAGGAAAGAAAAUGAGCCACCUGGGAUAGAGAAAUUCAAUAGCGGUGUCUGCGCCCCUCGGAAAUCUGUCAAGAAACUUAUUGAAACUUUUAGUCCUUCCGAAGGCCUUGUGAAACCUAUACAUUUAAGAACUUUAGGACCAAUAAAAUGCAUUAGAAAGUUUGGAGUUCCAGUGAUUCCUCCCACCAUUCCCCUUCAGAGAGCCCUGGCACCUUUAAUUCACAAGCAUCGUGUUUCACCAAUAGGAGACAUAAACCUUCCAAACACAAAUGCAUCCCACUGCAACUUUCCAACUGCCUUUCCGCCUGUUGCAGAAUUAAGCAGAAGUGACACAAAUGAGGAAACUGAUGAAGACUUGGAGAACCUGCCACCACCACCUCCUGAAAUGCUAAUGGACAGUUCUUUUGACUUAUCUGAGUCUGAAGAAAGUACAAUAAUGGAAGGAAACUCUUCAGACAUUGCCAAAAAGCCUGCCAAAACAGAGCUUCAUGCUACAAAGAGAAUGCACAUUUCUCCAAAGAUAAAAGCCUCUCUACAUUCCAUUGACUUUUUACCAAGUAAAAAUAUCAACAGUCCCAACAUGAUUGCCAGUAAAGUACUAAGAAACACUGGGUCGGACUCCAAAUUUAGAAAAUAUUCAUUGGAGCUGAAUUCUACCAACAUGUUCAUCCACAGCCAAGAGGGUAAAUUAGCAUCCCAAAGGGACAAUGAAAUGAAAGAGGCUGCAGAUUUGUAUAAGCAAUCGCAUAAAAUAAUACCUCUUCAAGAUCCCAGUGGAGUUUCAAAACAGAACAGAAACUGCUCAGAAAGUAAAGAAACUGGCACAAAUUUAGCAUCAGUGCAAAACCAAAAGCAAAUUUAUCCUGAUUCACUCGGGAGAAAUGAGAAAAGUCCAGCUUUUGUCAGAAGAAUCUCCCCAACAAGAACACCCCCUUCUUCUCCACCCACCGAGAAACGACUCUCAAGUCCACCUGCAUAUCCCAGACACAUCCUGCAGACUUUUAACCACUUUCCUCCUACUCGCAGGCAACCUAGUCCCCCAGCUAACCCCAGAGUAUCAAGCCCUCCAAUGCAAAAGAAGCUGCCUUCUUCACCAAACCAACGAAAACUGCCUAGCCCUCCAGUGGGGCGCAAACAAAGCCCACCAGUUCAGCGGAAGUUGUCAAGCCCACCAGCUCAGCGCAGAGAGGCAAGUCCACCUCCAUUCUGCACCACCCCUUCUCCACCAGCGUCUCCAUCACGGUCACACAAAGUACUACAAAAUAGUUUGGAUUCUGGUGAUGAGCAACAGCUUUCUCCACCAAAGGUUGUCAGUAAUGCACGUUCAAUAUUUUGCCCAGCAACUCCUUCUUUAUUUGAAGCCAAGCCUCCAUCACCACCUAGCAACUGCACUACAGAGGUUGCAGGCCAGCCUGAAGUUUCAGCUUUUGCCCAGAAAAACAGCAUGCUGCUCAGGCAGUGUGGGGAUCAGCAGAGGAGGAUGGCUCUGAGUGCUGCCAACCCUCAGCCUUUCAUAAAGAGAAGUUUCUCCGACCGCAGACCAGGAGUUUACCUUCGACUUCCAGCUCCUGUCUCAGCUGGCAGUGAACCUCUACUUAACCAAGCAAGCAUGGAGGAGAGCCCUAGAAAGGAGGGUGAUUCCUGGAACAGCACAUGCUUCUCUGAGUUCAAGGGAUCCAGCAGGUCUGCUUCUCACCCUGAACUCUACAUCGUGGGCCAGGGGCUCCACAGGGAGUGACGAUACAAUCUGCUUGGAAGAUGGAUGGUAUGGCUCAAGGCAGAGGACCUUCGUGUGAUUAAAUAUCUUAGUCCCAGGCUCCAAAGUAUGGCUUCAGACCAUAUCAAAGAGGAAUAAGUACAAUAUAAUUGCACCUGCAAACCCAAAUUGGCUAUGACUUCCUAAUUAAAUAUCAGCAGGGAGCUUGGCAACUGCUUCUCUCUUUCAUGGUGUUUUACAAUUUUACUAAAAGACUUAAAUUUAGUACCAGAAACAAUAAAAUAUUGGAAAGACACAGGUCAGAUCAGUACUAUUUUAUAAAGACAGGGUCUUGCUGCCAAAUCUUUUGUUGCACUAUUUAACUAAAAUGGUCACAAAGGUGCAGAAAUUAACAUUAGGUGAUAUGACAUUUAUUCAGAGGUGUUCAAAGCUUCUGUUUUAAAUCAAACCCACAAUCCUGCAUUUUCCUGCUAAGGAUGAAGUCCUAUCCCCAUUGGAAUCAAUGGCAAAACUCCCACUGACUAAGUGAAGUCAGGACUUUAUCCUAUGUGUUUCAUGGGCAGGCAGGGAAUAAAAUCAAGUCCAGUUAAUAAAAAUAAAAUUGUUUUUAAAAAAACAGAAUAAGAUACAUUCCUCCUGCAGAGAGGUUUUGAUCUUAUGACAUAUGUUUAACCAUUGUGUAAUCUCAUCACUUCUAGUUCCCAGAACAACCACCUUAAUCCUUCUUAGAGAAACACUGUAAUACCUAAUCAGCCAUUUUAUAAAUACUAGAGCACCUACACGACUGCACAUUUUACAGUAUAUAUGGGAGAAUCCUAUUCUCCCACAGGAAGGUCUGUUCUCCUUUUGAUCCAUGAAUUAAGACAGGAUUUAUCCCACUUCCACUAAAGAUUCUGGAAGGAUCACUGUUGACUUAAAUGGCAGUUGGAUUGGGCCCUAACUGUCAAGCAUCUAGAGGAUAUUGGUAGGCAGCUCCAAUGUCUACGUGAAAUAGCAACUCCUUUGGAUCUAAGGCUCCACGGCUUUCAUCCAAAAUCCUUCACAAUAUGUAUAUUUUUUAAAACAAUUGGGUAUUUUCAGACUAUUGGACCUCUAGGUUUUGACACAAAAGCUUGUUAGCUCUUUGUAACACAUUCCUAAUCUAAGAUAUUGAUCAUUAGUUAAUACUAGGUUGUAAGAGCAACCACUGAGAUAUAGGUUGAGUAUUUUUUCAGCUUUGAUCAAAGGAUUAGGGUCCCCUUUAUACUAGUAUGCAGCUUUUUAACUAAUACUGGACCUCUUUCCAAAUGUGAUUUGGAUAAUGUAAAAUCCAGAGGGACAGGAUGGAACCCUGUAAAAUCCUACCCUUUAUUUAUAGAUUUUUCUCUGGUUCUCAACAUUAUGGUAUCUGAGCAUUUCACAUACACAAAUGAUUUUUAUCCUCACACACCAGUUUUACAGAGGAGGAACUGAGGCACAGAGAGAUGAAAUGACUUGUAGAAGAUCUCAUAGGAAGUCUGUGGCAAAGCUGAGAAUGGGACCUUGACCUCUUGAGUUCCAAUCCAGUGCCUUAACCACAAGACAGCCUUCCUCCGUCUUCUUUUUAAUACACUGAAACAGUGCCAUUCUCUACCAAUGACAAGGUGAAAGACCUCAAUAAUAGCAUUUACAGGUCUGUCGCAUCUUACGCGCAUUUAACAUGUGUGAUUUCAGCUUUAUGCAGUCGGCAAAAACAAAAAAAAAGAGAAAAAUAACAAUUUUAAUACUGUACUUGUAGUGCGGGCGAUUCCGCCCGCCAUUCAACUCAAUGUAAUUUUGACUAUACGCUGUUUUCGCUUUACGCACUAACCGUGGAACGGAACCCCCGCGUAAGAUGAGACUCGCCUGUAUUCCUUUCCGUUAUUACUAAGUAAUUUCAUUUCCUCUCUCACUUAAGGCCUUAUGUUAAAAUUUCCUGUCAUCGAUAUUAUACAAAUGGCAGGUUUAUCAAAAAGUGUUUACUUAUGUUUUCCAAGUACCAUGUCCUGCCCUAGCCCAAGAUUAAUAGCACAUCAAGGAGACGAAAAGUUGAUGGUAGAUAUAUCCUCUGCAAAAAGAUUUCUGCUGGCAGAGAAUGUCCAGGAAUCCAGUGAUCUGGAAGAGCACUUUGCUAGUCCACUCACCAGGAGCAAUGCAUGUCCUGGUAGAAGCAGCAUGGUGUAUGUGCUAACUGGCUAGAAAGCCCAAUAAGGCCUCUUGUCUUGAAAAUCACAUACCCUUGAGGAUGUGAUGCAUGUGCUGACAUGUUAACUCAAGGGCUUUCCUAGCACUGUCUUGGACAUUAGGGAGGAAACUCCCUGGCAAAUGAAAACACACACCGCUUAUGCAGAAUUUUGGAGCUGGCCUGAAUAUGUUGUAAUGAACUGACUAGUGUGUAUUAUACUACUACCCUCUAUUAGAUAGAAUCUGAAUUGCUCAACUGUGUGUCAUAGAACCUAUACUACUUAUAGUUAAGAGAUUCUUUUUUAGCUUAUGUAGAAGGGGUACUGAGCAUUUGGACAACAAGAGUCUAUGUUCUAGUCAAGGGGUAAGAGGGAAGGUCCUCUCAUGGAUCAGUAACUAAUUAAAAGACAGGAAACAAAGGGUAGAAAUAAACAGUUUUCACAAUAGA